ACGAUGGGUGGACCUGCACCUCCGUAUCCAAGGGGCGGUCAACCUGGAUCUCAAAAUCAAGUACCACAAUUUCCUCAGCAAAUGAAUCCCCAGCAAAGCCAAAGGAUGCGCCAGCAGAUGUUAGCCCUGCAGCAGCAGCAGCAGCAGCAGGCCCAGCAGCAAGUCCAGCAGCAGGCGAUGACCAACACUCAGCAGCAGGGAAGUCCUGCUCUGGUUGCACAGCUGCAAAGACAGCUGAAUCAGCCGCAGCAGGCAAUGAUGAACAGUAUUCGCAUCAGCCGCCUCCGUAUUAAAGAAACCGGUAAAAAAACAGUUUGA